UCCUCUGUUUCCUCUACGUCAUUAAUAAAAUAUUAGGUUUGCUUUCUUUUAUUUUGGUAUAAAAGGGUGCUCUGUGAAUUGUUAGGAUCAGUCAAGUUCCGUUGGGAAUAUUCGCCAUUAGAAGCAACUAAACGUAACGAAAAGUAGACAAAAAUGAGAGGAUACACGUUCGUAUUCGUGCUGCUGGCAACAGUAUUAGUAUUAUUGUCCAGUGUUGUGUCGCAACCACCUCCUCCGACUCCGGCCCCAACACCAGCACCAACGCCUGCACCGACACCACGACCUACACCUGGACCAUCGCCUGGACCAACUCCAGCUCCCACACCUGGACCAACACCCGGACCAACACCACCAAGGUGUCUAAGAAAUGGAAGUCGGUGCAGACCUGACGGAAGUUUGGGACCGUGUUGCAACAAUGGAAUUUGCAGAAGACGACCUCGUCAACGUGAACAUACUUGUCAACGUCGUUAAUUACAUCACUAAAAACUGACAAGGAUUUAUUCUUGUUUGUUUCCUAUUCGGUAAGGAUUUGUCCUUAACAAAAAUAAUAAACAUUUUUUAAAUUCCCUA